GAACAGAUUUGUUAGUUACGCGUCUCGUAACAGACGUUGUAAGGAUACCAGAACCGACCCUGAUCUUACAUAAGAAUACUAUGCUUCGCCUGAGGCUAUAGGAGUGUGCGUAUCCCGGCGGCAUCUGGCCGUUUGCUUUAGCUUGUAUUCCCUGUCCUUGGGCAUAGACAACUACUCCUCCAUCAUAUAGGCCUUUUUUCAACAAACUGAGUCGUGAUGACCGAUAGCGCUAAAUGCAACGGAAUUGUCCACUUGCUUUUUUUUUUUUAUUUUACAAAACAUUACUUUUAUUCACGGUUUGGACAAACAACAUCUGAAAGACAAAUUGUUUGGCUUUGGUUGUCACUUAAUGACUCAAGUAAGUGUGUCUUGUGUUCUUGCUCAAUCAAGGCAAUGGUGUCCAAAUAUUCCUAAAUAAUUUAAUCAAUGUUUGUUUGCUUGGUUUAAGAACUUACUUUCAACUUCAAGAAAAAUACAAAAAAAUUCAAAUUGCACUAACAAAAAAAAAAAUAAAGAUUGCAUACCUCUUUAGA